UAAAGUACCUUCAAUUUGAUAUUUACAGGGAGGAAAUUUAUGAAGUACCAGUCUACAAGAAUGACGUUGCUCCAGGAUACUAUUACAAUGAGAAAACACACUAUAUUUCACCAGCUAAGGAUGCGGAAUGUAUACAAACAGAAACAAUUGAUCAUGUAAAUUUGAUCUUCAUGGAAUGAAAUGGUAAAGCUUUUAGUAAAUGGGGGGGUAUGUAAAGCUCAAAAAGGGCGGGUAUGUAAAGAUCAAAACUGGGCAUUAGACUAUGCAAAAGAGAAACCUCAUGAUGUUAUGCUGAUAAAGGGGUCAAAAAUAUUAGAGGAAAGAGCAGUGGAAGUUCCAAGAGACAGUGAAAGAUGGAGAGUAUUGUCUGUUUUAUAUAAAUACCAUACAGAUCUGCUUAUCUGUUUUUCUGAAGAAAUUUCAGAAGAUCUCUUAGAAACUUUUAAAAGUCAUUUGAAUAGCAUAGUCAACAAUGCGGAUUGCAGUGUCAUACCACAAUCCUUUGUGAAUAAAUUUCAAAGCGGAUAUAUUUCCAUCAGUUUUUUGGGACCAGGGAUGAGGUUUGAUAAGUUGAUGUAUUGUGUAAAGGAAUAUUGUUUGCUUUUACAGAACUCAAAAGUAUGCACUGUUCCGUUAUCUGCUAAGGUUAAACGUCCAUGUGCAAGGUUGGCCAAUGAUAAGUCUGUUAGUAGUCAGGAGCUUGUUUCAGAUAAAUUUAAAUCUAAUUUUGAGCCAGGAUUGAAUGUUGUAUCAAGGACAGAAAGUAAUGCAAGCAGCAGUGAGGAUAACUUGCCUAAGGUCCACUUGGAUGAAAAUCAGAAGAAAGGCAGUAUAGGACAUGGAGUUACUAACAGCAAUGGGGUGAAAAGUGAAACAGUUAACACUCCUGGAAGAAAUGCAGGUAGAGGAAGAGGAACAGUGACAGGGAGGGGUAAAAGUAUUGUUGCACCAGGUUCCCUAAAUGAUAAAGAUACAAGAAUUAAAAAUGCUGAAAAUAGAACAAGAGAACCAGUAGAGGUCGCACUGGAUCGGGAAAUGCAGAAGUUGCAAAACUCUUUGGGAAAGGAAGAAAAGUCUAUUAAUGAAAAAUAUGAGGAAAGGAAAGAGAUUGGUAUGGGCUCUGAUUGCACUUACAGGCAACCGGAAUGGUCAUCACCAUGUAUUUCUAAAGCAAGUCUUCAUUCAAUACAUAAACCAAACUAUCUACAAGCAGCAGCCCCGAUAGAUCAGCGUCUCGAGGCUAAUGGAGAAAAUAGCUCUUGUGGUAGCUAUCACCAAAGUAAAGAUUGCAGAGCAUCUCAUAAUAAUGGUAGUGAAAUGUUAAGAGGAGGUUGUGGCCAAGUUAGUACAAGCAGUCUAAGCAAUCAAGUCACUGUACAAGAGGAAAUUAAAAAAGAUCAAGUCUUCCAUAAAGCAACUAGUUUUUCACAGUUUGAUCUUGCUAAUGGAGAGGUCACUGCAACCAAGAUAGUUGAAUGUAGCAAAAAACUUGAAGAUAAUGCCAAGAAACCAGAUUCUGAUACACUGAAACUUGAGAAUAUCCAAAGCUCUUCACGAAAAAAUAAUAGUGUAGAGAAAAGGGAAAGUGGUGCUCAGAAAUCUAAUAAUUCCAAAAAGACUAAUGUUCCAGAAAGUAAAUUCAGUGGAAGCAAUGUUCAUAAACCAGAUGUCAAUACAAGAGGACUUGUCAAAAAGGGAAUGGGGUCAGGUACUAAAUUGCAUGAAUUAAAUGAUACAAAAACAGAAAGAAAUGCUGUGAAAUCGGAAAAUACAAAAAAAGUAACCACUUCCAGAGCCGUUAAGAAAAAAGAGGCGACUGCAAAAGAACAUAAUUCAAACAACAGAGUGCUGGAGACAGCUCAGAAAUUUGAGAAUGCCCCAAAGAAUGUUGAUCCUAAAAAGGUAAUAAAAAAUGGUAAUGUCAAAACAUGGAAUACUGCUGAGACUGAGAAAUGCGAGAAUCCCAAAAAGGAAGCCAAUCCAAAAAAGGAAUUACUUGAAGGUAAAGUAAAAAAUCAAGGUAAGAAUACCACAAAUGUUACACAAAACAAACAAAAAAACUAUCAGGGUUUAGGGUGCGAUGAUGAAGAUGAAGAGUCAUCUUUAUUAAAAAUUAGUAACCAAAAGAUCUGUACUGGCAUGAGGAGUAAGAAAUGUAAGGAACAACUUCAAAUGAAAAGCACUUUUCUAGAAGCUACUCAAACACAUGAUGACUUAGUACUUGGAUUUCAGCGCAAAUAUUAUGGUGUUGUUAAUGAUUCAUCUCUAGAGAAAGUUAUUCUACUUCUUGGCGCCUCAGGAAGUGGCAAGACUACUUUAAUAAACUUGGCUGCUAAUUAUUUUAAAGAAAAGAAAGAUGUUGAUGAGGGACUGUAUCAUGUGGUGCCCACUUCACCAACCUCUAACAUCACAGCAUAUACAUUCUGUUCUGCCAUUGAUGAGAUCCCUAUUACAAUUGUAGAUACUCCUGGGCUCAAUGAUUCAUCUGGAGCAGAAUUACAGGAGCAUGUACAAGCUCUUAAAACUUUUCUUGCAAAUGCAUCUGCCAAUGAUUUCCAAAUUCAUGCAAUUGGUUUUGUCGCACAGGCUUACUUGGUUCGCUUGACAUCAUCUGAACGCUUGGUGAUGGAUUAUGUGUCAUCACUAUUUGGGCGAGGUGUUAAAGAUCAUUUGGUAACUUUAGUCACUUUUGCUGACAACCAGGAUAGUCCUCCAGUAGUUGAGGCCAUGAAAAAUUAUGGAGUUGACUUCAAACUUUCCUUAAAAUUCAAUAAUUCUGCGUUACACAACAGUAAAGCAGAUGACGUAGAUGACAUAGACAGAGUGUAUUGGAGAAUAUGUUGGAGAAAUUGGAAGAAAUGCCUGGAAAGUGCUCGGGAGGAUUUGCCACCUCUGUCUGCCAGUACCAUGAAAGCAGUCCAGAGUGAGGUAUUUGCUUCUACAGUGCUAAAAUCAGCUGAGAGAAAUCUAAGAGUUAGUCUGACAGCAUUCUUUGCUAUUUCAGAGGAGGACAGAAUAAUGUCCAAAGAAGCCUCUGAACUUUGUGCAGAAAUUUGGAAUUUGGCAGCUGUAUUGCAACAUUUCAAAGGUUUGAAUGUUAGUCAUGAAGGUAUACUUGCUGAACUUGCAAAAGAGAUUUGCCAAACACACAAAAAAUCUCCUGAAGAGAAUGUCUAUUUUUUAUCAUUAAACAGAGAGAACCCUUUAGUAGUCAGUGGGUUAGAAGUAAUGCGCAUUAUGGCGCCUGUUUACAAGGAAGCAAAGACCUGGCACAAGGAAUGCCGAAAUUGCAGUUUCGAGGAAUGUAACUCUGUGGACGUAUUGUCACAAUUGUAUGAAAGAGCACACUAUGAAAGAGAGGCGUCACAAGGAUUUUUUAAAAAAUUGACAGGCCCAAGUGAAGAAGUGCUCUUACUCAAAUGUAAUGUGUGUAAAUGCCCUGGGGAAGUCCAUGGUGUCUGUAAAACCAAAUCUCCCUUCCAUCCUGAUGAAGUAUUAUCAAGAACAUGUGCUGCCCUUCGAAAGAUUAUUGCUCAGUAUUCUAUCUCAAACUUUCCAGUUUCAGAGUUCUGGUUUUUGAAAUUUCUUGAUCAAAUUUUCCACUUUGAACAUAGAGAAUUUAUUCGUGAGAUUUUCCAUUAUAUAAAGAAAUAAUGUAGAGGGGUGGUUUUGUCUUUAAGAAAGGAAUGUACCUAUUAAAUUGGAGCAUUGUCGGUAGGAUUGAUAUAUAUAUACUUUGUAUCACUCCAUUGUUGUUAAAGAGAAAAAUAUGUGAAGAUGUUGAUCACUGUCUAGUACAUUUGCCUUCAGCAGUGUUAACUAAUAUUAGUAUGCUGACGCAACAGGUAGGUGCUGUUCCCGAAAUAAAAUGCUGUUCUUUUGCAGAUUAUAAUAAUAAAUAUGAAAUUCCAAGAAUUUGAUGCACAGCAUUUACCUUAAAUUCAGUGGACUAUACGUCAUACAUCCAUGAUAUGCUGAAUGUUUAAAAAUUGUAACUUUUUAAUGCCUACCAGUUGUUGUAUAUAAUGUCUUAUAUAGGUCAGAUAAUGGGGAUUAUCUAGAACACUUAUUACUGUACAUGUUAUUAGAUUUUUCUUAUUAAUAAAAUGUUAAAUGAA